AGAUAGUUCUGUCUAGGAAGAAACUGGUAACAAUGUCGAGUUUACCUCCACUCCCUGCUAAACUUAAAGCUUUACAGCAUUACUUAAAGACAGCCAUAGAACAUGACAAACGGGAUCCAGUUGUGGCAUACUACUGUCGAUUGUACGCAAUGCAGAAGGGAAUGGAAAUAGACAGACAGUCUCCUGAAUGUCGAACGUUCCUAGUGACAUUGAUGGACUAUAUGGAACAGAUGAAGACAUCAACUGAAGAUGAGGCAAUUACCAAUGAGGUAGUCGGACAAGCCCAUGUGGAGGACUAUGCCCUCAAAGUUUUCUUGUUUGCAGACAAUGAGGACAGAGCAGGUAGAUUUAACAAGAAUGUUGUGAAAUCUUUUUAUUCCUCGGGUAUGCUGUUUGAUGUUUUAAGUGUGUUUGGAGAACCAAGCGAAGAUAUUGAAAAGAACAAAAAGUAUGCAAAAUGGAAAGCAGCCUACAUACAUAGGUGUCUGAAAAACGGAGAAACACCUGUCCCUGGUCCAUUGAAUGAGGAAGAAGAUGAACAAGAAGGUGGAGCAUUUGGUGGGGCUCCUGUGACUUCAUCUACAUCUCAGCCAGGACCUUCAAGUUACUCCAAGCCAGACCCUGCACCAGGAUAUCCUCCUCCACAACAGCCUUCAUACCCCCCACCCCAGCAGCCAGGCCCCCCACCUCAGCAGCCAGGCAGUAGUAACCCCUCCUAUGGGAACCUCAACCUUCCGUCACCUGCUGGUAGUCAGUAUCCCCCUGGGGCCCAUGCUCCUCCCUCUACACCUCAACAGCCACAACAACCAGCAGGAGGAGCAGAUUCAUGGAUGCCACCUGCAAACACUGCAGGUGUACAACUGACAGCAGACCAGUACCAAAAAGCCUUGAAGUUCUGUAAAUAUGCAAGUAGUGCCCUGCAGUAUGAGGAUUCUCCAACAGCCAUAGACAACCUUACAAAAGCUCUGAAAUUAUUGUCCACAGGAAAAGAAAGCUAGUAGUCAGCAUUAUUCCCUUUCAGAUUUAGUCAAUAUGUGAUAUCAGUGCUUUUGUCUUCAAGUCCAUUCAAUGUGAUAUGAAGGAAAAAACUUUAAAAAAGUGACAAAUAGCUGUAUGUAGUUAUAUAAAGCUAUGUGUAUUAUAUAAAAAAUCUUUGUGAAUGGCAUCCAAAUCAUUGUUGUUUUUAUAGUAUUCUUUGACAAGUUCUCUUGUAGAGUUAGUCCAAAUUACAAAUAUCAAUUCUUUACUUCUCUUAAAAUAGUAACAUAUAAAUCAAUAUGUAUAAGGUAUUUUAUUGUUAAUGUUUAUAAAACCUAGCUGUAGGUCAGAUCGCGAUUCAGUUGGUCAUGCAUUCCUCAAGUUAUUUAAUCGUUCAAUAAGAUAUUCAGUCAACUACAGAAACUAGAAAGUGAAUACAUGAUAAAGGGUCUAUAUUAUACAGUAUGAGGUUUAGAUAUAUGGAUGUCUGCAUUAGUUCUAUCAUUUGUACUUAAUGGAGUUAAUGCCUUUAAUGCAUUCAGACAUGAUUCACAUUGUAUCAUUAUGUAUAUGUGUUUCUUAAAUGUUAUGAAAAUAUCUAGUUUUAAGUCUAAGUUAUUAUGUGUCAAUCGACAGCCAUUACCAUAAGAAAUACUAGUGGAUUAAAUUCAUUAUUUAGGUGAUCUGUGUAAAUGAACCCUGAUCAGAAAAUUGUCAACACAUCAAAUCUGUCACUGUUAAAUAUAUUUAGUGGAUCUGUGUAAAUGAAUCCUUAUCAGAAAAUUGUGGACACAUCAAAUCUGUUACUGUUUACCCAAUAUCUUAUUUAGUAAUUUGAAUUUAGUACAUAAUGUAUUCAUGAUCAGCCCCACACUAUUUUUGUUCCUAUGUACAAAUGUACCAGUUACAGGAUUUAAAGGCUUUCACUCGGUAGUCUCCUGUCUGACCUAUUUGGGUGGAAUGACACAUCAAUCAUUUCCCGUCAUUUCCAUGGCUUUUAUCCCUGCUGGAGAGUAUUUGUAAUCUGAUGGAUCAUAACUUUAGCAUUUUUUUUUUCUGUUUCUGCGUCGUAAUUUAAAUACAUACUUUGAUCCUUAACACAUGUGUUGGAUUUCUUGACACGGUUUAUUUAGUGUAGUUACAGUCAUGUAUAUUAAUUGUCAUGUUUAUCUGUCCACAUUUCUUUACUUAUUGAUUUCUUUAUACUUAAUACAUUGAAUUAAAAGUGAAAAAACCUUUUAA